CUCCAAGCACCGGUUCACUGGAGUCUCCUAAAUUCUGCCAAAACCUGUCUGUAAUGAACAGGAAAUUCUGCUUCCUUCGUAAAUACUAGGUACACUCUUCUCAAAACUUCUAUAAACCUGUUUUUGCGGACGAGGAUGACAGAAGAGCAGUGUCUCCCACUGCGAGUUAUAUACAAUAUUGGAAGCAAUUCAUCCAUCCGUUGUUUAGCACGCUCGAAAACACCCGUUCCUGUAAAAUUUGUAGCGAUCAAUGAUGGUCAACAACGAGUAUGCCAGGUUGAGCUUCGACACGUCGUCCAGACGAUAUGUAAUUCUAGCCCAGAGCUUCGAUUGGGCCUACAAACCGAUUUUAGCGUCUAUUUUAUGGACGUUCUCGAGGUGGAAGAACUGUUCGUUGGUCUUGGCGUAUGGUCAGAAUUACUAGAGGCAUGUACUGCUUCGUCAACAAUAAAAGAACCUACAGAUGCUACUUAUGUGACUGGAAAGAUUAUGACGAGGUGCUCGAGGGAAAAUCUCCAGCUACACAUGCGAUUCCAUGAGUUUCAAAAACCCACCGUCUCUAAAACCACGUUUUCCGACACACAAGUUCAUGAGGAAGACGCACCAUCAUCAUCGUUGAAAGACGUUUCUUCUGUUUCUUCUUGUUCUAAUCUUCUUACGAAAGCCGAAAACACUGCAAGCAAUAUUUUGGCUCCUAUUCACAGAAAUACACCAGGCGUUUCGAACGCCAUCUCUUCGUCCAUUGAGAAUAAUUCGAACAAAGGCUUUGCUACACCUGCACUCCUGGUAAAACCUGCAAAGGUGGACGCAAAGUCAGCUUCGCAAACUGAGAACGACUCAAAAUCCGUGCUCGUUCCUGGGCCGCCUCAAACAAACAACACUUUCGCGCAACCGCCUUCUAUACUAGCGUGCAACAAUGCUGCACGAAAGCGUCGACGAGACGGCCCUUUGUCGCUCGAGUCUGCGUAUAUUGCUUCGCAAUUACAGAAUCCGUUGGAACGUGAACAUGUGCAGGACUUCAUUAAACAGCAAGUUAAACUUGCUCGCGCUCGGUUAGAUAGAAGGCUCCCUAAGGUCGCUCGUGGAGAAAAGCGGGUACAGGAACAGCUCACCAUGUCUGUUCAGGCUGGCAAAAUACCUACUUACUGUGAAAAUUGUGGAACCAUCAAGACCGCCAAUUGGCGAAACGCACAGCUUCUUGGAGGAAUCGUCAAUUUAUGCAAUGCUUGUGGCAUUUAUUGGUAUAACCACAAAGCGCUUCGUCCCCAGGCUCUCUGGAACACAUUUAAGCUGUUUUCUAGCGGUGAUGUUCCAAAAGAUGAUGAGUUUGCACAGCUAGAAGCAGCAGUGUAUCGACUGUGCCAGCAACGCAAAAACGAUCAUCCCGUUUUUAAAAAGCUUUCAACAUCCAAGGAAAAACAAGCCUCAUCAAAUUUGGAGACGGGACCGGAGUCGCGUGCAAAGUCUGUCAAUCCGACACGUCAAAACUCACAGCCCACCAGCAACAAGACUCUUACAAAAGACAGUCUGCGUCGCAUCCAGUCCUCGCCGCCAUGCCUUCCCAACACAGAGUUCCUUCCGCGAGAGCCUCUAUCAGAGUUGGCGCUUCCUGAUCCAUGGCUGGUUCUUCCUAAUGCACCCAACACAGACUUUCUUGUUCCGCAAUUGACCGCAAAAGAUACAUUGUCUGCAAGUGACAAGGAAAACAACCUCCGAAAAUUUGACCUACCUAUUCUCGACCCUAACAGCAUGAAUAGUGCAAAUAAUAAUGAGCCAGUCUUGCCCUUAAAGGAUUCGAGUUUCCUAAACGAGGAUGAACAACUUGAAUCCUUUUUUCGAACACCUCCUAGAAAAAGCACGAAAAAGCUUCCUCAAAGUCCCUCGCCUUGGCGUUCGGAACUGUUUAAUUCUGAAACGGAUAAUUUGUGUUUGACACCUUUGAAGGAGAAAGCUAAAGUCGAUCUGUCGCUCGUGUUCUCGCCCCCAGAACAGAUUGAUACGCGAAAAGCUAACUCACCUCAUCUCCCGGAAAAGCCAGAGACGACUCCCGACUUGGUCUUGUCCUCUCAGCUUGAACAGGAGGACGAUUGGAAUGCGAAUGCACUUACAACCGAACUUGUUUUGCCUAGUAGUCCACCCACCGCUUUGCCGUUUGAGCGGUUUCUAGUAAACUAGGUCAAACUUCUCAGUUGCUACGCCCGUCUUUGUAAUACCCCUCCUCUUUGCUUUUCAUGUCUCAACCAUUUUUAUUCUUACACGCACAUACGCACAACAAUUAUAUUUAUAAUCCCCCUUGUCAUUUAUCCACAUUUUAUGACAGGUCUCAAACUCUUUUGGAUCGUUUCUUUAAAAUCCCCCAGCGACCUCUCGUCGUCCUAUCAUCUAUCGCUUUUUUCAUUCAUGGGCUCUCAAUUACUUUCUUAAACUCAACUCUCUGCCGCCUUAAACCUAUUGACACGUCACUCGCCUACUUGCCUUUUUUACUACUAUUAUUACAAGAUAGCGACACAUAUUAAGAAGCAGCGCGAGUCUUUCCAUGUGAUGUACUACUAAAUGAACUACUGCCCCGUAGUUCGAGAACGGUUUCCCGCACUUGAAAUUGUCCUGUCUUACGAGCAACCUGUGAUGUAUUGUUCCGCCGCAGCGCAUCCCAUUGCACCCCUCUGCUUUUCUGUGAAUCCCAACAUCUCCUUUUAUCUCUUCUUCACUUGACUAAUGCCAGCCCGACCAACAUAGACGAACUCGGCUACGCUUUUUCUCGUCUAAAAUUGCCGGUCUCCCACGGCCAGCAUACUCCGCGAUUCUUGAUCCGUUCAUUCAGCGCAAUUGAGUUUUACAGCGGCACACCAGCUUUUAUUAAACUCUACCAAUCUUAUUCAAGGGUCUCGAAAUCUUCUCUUCCCAAGCUCAGGGUUCAAUUUCGGUUGUUGACGGUUCCCCGCAACGGCCCCGCAUUCGGUUGGUUCCCCCCUGAGAAUCCCGCCGCAUGCGGGAAUUCUGACGUUGCUUACUCCCACCAAACAACAGCCCUACCCUUCCCGAAUCGACACUGCGGGUCAAACAUUUCACACAGACUCAAACACAACACACAAACCGCCGAGUCUUACGCAAGUCGCUUUAGGAAUCGGAC